AUGGGUGGCACCAUUCAAGGUACACAGGGACAGCGGGUCUUCGCGAAACGAGGGCAGCCGGUGGUCCCCGAGAUGUGCUCCACCUCGCGAGAAAACUGCACGAGCGUCACUAGCAUCAACGCGAACGGCGCCGUGUUGGCCCCUACCAUCAUCUCCAAUGGGCAGCGCUUCAACGCAGAUUGGAUCGUGGACAACACCGGCCCGCCGGGUGCGACAUAUACCUGCAAGGAGUCGUCCUUCGUGUGUGGUAACGUUUUUAUCAAGUACAUCAAGGACUUCCACAAGCAGCUCUGCCUGCCCAACUUGCUCGACGGAGAAUCCCAUGCGCUCGUGCUGGAUGGGCACGCGUCGCACCUGCCCUCCCACAUGUCCCACGUCACCCAGCCCUUGGACGUCGCCGGCUUCGGGUGCUUCAAGAUGGAGCUGACCAAGGCGAUCCAGGCCUUCCCGGCGAUACACGGAGGGGCAUUGCCGCGGAAGCGGGACAUGGCCACCGUGAUCGGGNGA